AACUCUCUUUAUGAACGGUUGUGUCCAUUAAAGCGCUUAGCAAUUAAAAAAGAAAAACAAGAAUUAACAGUUACAAAAGUGAUAUUAUAUUUUGUUUUGAUUAUUGCCUACUCUCGUUCUCGCUUGAGCUCGCACACGUGUAGUCAAUUUAAAAACGAAUAAAAGGGAAUACAAUUAGUGAUGGCCCGCGGGGCCAAAUCCUCAUCUAAGAAGAAAAAAUCAUUUCCUAAGAAAAUCAUGAUUAACACUCAUAGACCUGUGGCCUAUAACCCAAAUAUCGCAUCAUGUUCAAGAAAUAGAUUUAGUCUAUUAGCCGGUAUGAACGAUAUGGAAGUUCUUCCCGAAUCAAAUAUAAAUGAAGUCAAAAAAACUAAGCCACCCCCCUACAGAGAUCCAAAAUCUUUUGGGCAAAGAUUGUAUGUACAAACGUACUUCCAUUGGUACUAACAUUUUUCCUCCUAGUAUUGAAGUAUACGAAUGCUGUAAACAAAUAUUAAGGGAAAAUCAAAUAGAAUUUCACUCUUAUAAUCCGAAGGAAAAUAGGCUCUACACAACGUUUCUUUACGGUUUACCCCAAAUAAAAACAGAUGACAUCAUGGCAGAACUAAAAAGUUAUAAUCUUAUACCCUCGUCAGUGACAGAGGUUAACACAAAGUUCAGUUCAUCGAACAACGCUGUUUACAAAGUACAGUUCACUAGGAAAACUUUCAAUCCUGAAUCAUUAAAAAAGAUUAGAACAAUAUCUAAUGUAAUAAUUAGUUGGAAAAAGUACAAACCAAAAAAUGAUAAACCAACCCAAUGUUGGAACUGCCUUAUGUAUGGACAUGGUGGUGAACAUUGUUUUAGACUUCCAGCCUGCAUGAUUUGUGCCAACGAUCAUCAUACAAAAGAUUGUCCUUAUAACUCAAAUGACAAAAGUCCUGCUGCCUUUUCAUGUUUCAACUGUAAAAAAUAUGGAAAAGAACGAAUUGAUCACUCUGCGAAUGUCAUUAAUUGUCCCCUACGAUCAUUAUAUCUUGAGACAAGGGCUAGAGCAACCUCUAAAAGCUUUCAACGAAACAACAGGAGAAAUCAAAGUGACACAUUUCAUUACAACAAUGCUGACUUCCCAAAUAUAGUUUCAAAUACAGUUAACAAUAAUAAAAAUAACAACGUUUUUCAUAAUAAGCCAACCUAUGCUAACCAGCUGAAAUCAAAUAAUGACAUUUUUAGUAUUGAUGAAUUAUUCGAUAUAUUCUCAAAAACAAUGGAAGACUUAAGUAGAUGUACUUCCAAAGUGCAACAAAUUCAGGUCGUAAUGUCAAUGGUUAAAUAUGCCUAUGGAUUACGUUAAUAUAAAUGAAUUCAAAAUACUUCACUGGAAUGCCAAUGGCAUCUCAAAUUAUUCCAAACUAACUCAAUUUGAGUUUCUACUAGAAAAAGAAAAAAAUAAAGUUGCUUCUGUUAACGAAACCUUUUUUAAUGAAACGAGUAAACCAUAUUUCAAAAAUUAUUAUAUUUAUCGAAAUGACAGAACCGACGGAUCAAGGGGAGGAGGAGUUGCUCUCAUUAUCCAUAAACAUAUUAACCACAAAAAUAUUUCUGUGGAUAAAACUAAAUCAAUAGAAAAUAUUUCAAUUGAAAUAUUGAUAAAUAACAUACCUAUGAAAAUAAUAGCAGCAUAUUCAGCCCAUUAUAACCAUAAUUUUAAACAUGAUAUCCUUAAAUUAACUUCACCAAGCAAAGAUUACAUACUACUUGGAGAUUUAAACGCCAAGCAUACCUCGUGGAACUGUAUAAGAAAUAACACCGCUGGUAACGUGCUCAGUCAAUUACAACAUACAUGCAACUUCUUCGUUUAUUAUCCAAAUGAUCCAACCUACUACCCUCAUCAACACGGACGUGCUCCCUCUACAAUAGAUUUAGUCUUAAGCAACACCACAUUAAAUUUGAACCUAGAAGUACUAGAAUAUGAGAUUAGUUUAACAACUGUAAAUACGGUAGAUUUAAGCUAUUAUAACUAUAAAUUAACCAAUUGGAAUUCCUUUCCAAACUAUAUAGAUAACAAAAUAGUUUCUAACACUAAUAUAUAUAAUACUAACACAAUUAUCGAUAAUGACUUAAGUACUUUAAGCAAAAUCAUUCUGGAAGCUAGAGACAUAUCUACUCCUAAAUUAUAUCCUUCAGACAAAGUUACAUUACCUGAUAAAGUGAUUAAAUAUAUAAAAGUAAGAAGAACAUUUAAUAGGAAAUUUCAUAGAUCGACUAACUCAUUUGAAGCUAAUUUCUACAAAUAAUAUUCAAGGUUUCUGAGCAAGUUAAUUGAUGAGAAUAUUAAUACUGAAAGAAAUAGGAAAUGGUCAGCACUUUUAUCCAAAUUGAAGCCAGGUGACAUUUUGGAGAAUAAGUAGAAAACCUACGAGCUAAAGGUCAGACAAAAAUCCCCCAUUUGAAUGUAGGAAUUACUGAAAUUAUUUCUGACAGCGGGAAGGCUGAAGUACUCGCCAAUAGAUUUGUUCAGGCUAAUAACCUCACAGCACAUUUCAGUCAUUCCUUUGACAAGAAAGUUGAUUCUUUAGUAGAAAACUUUCGAAAUCAAUACAUAGAUUUUGACGAUUUCAGAUAUACAUCUCUCUGUGAAAUGAUUAACUUAAUUUCAUCACUCAAAUCAUCUAAAUCCCCCGGGUUUGACAACAUAUCGAAUCUUCUAUUGAAAAAACUUCCCUUAAAUGCUAUAAAACUACUGGUUACAAUAUUUAAUGGUUGUAUUAAACUUAAUUAUUUUCCCAGUAUAUUUAAAACAGCAAAGAUAAUUCCCAUUCAUAAACCCAACAAACCA